AAGGCAGCCCUAAGGCUAAGUGGAUAAGCAGGACGACAACAGUGACUGAUCCUUAUCGUCUCCAAUGGAACUCAUUUCCUCUUCAUCCGCCUUGAAUCCGAACGCUCCAAUGUUCGUGCCGCUGGCAUAUCGUAGGGUGGAGGAUUUUUCCCAACAAUGGUGGGAUCUCGUUCACUCCUCUCCCUGGUUCCGCGACUACUGGCUCCGCGACUGCUUCCAAGAUCCCCAAUUCCUAAACGACGCCUUCGAUUUUGCCUUCCCUCAACAUCUCCAUGAAGAUGAAGAUGAAGAUGAAAAGGAGGGGAAGGAGGAGAAGAAGUUGGUGUCUUUGGAAGUGCUCAAAUGGCGAACCUGUGGCUGUGGCAGUGGGUCGGCCCAAGCGCCCAGGUAUGCGGAAAAGGCCCCUAAGUUUGUCAAGCCCAAGGUCAGCCCACGGGCUAUUCACCAACCCCGUUAGACGCAGCCAGGCCCAUCUCCCACCGCUUAUGUACAUAAAAGCGUCACAGCUUUAGUUUAUUUGUUUACAUUUCUCAUUUUAAUUUUCGUCUUGUUGCUUCUUGCUCUGCUUAGUGCUUACAUAACAUAAACUGGGUUUCUUUCACAAUCAUAACUGCUCGCCUAUUGUAUUGUUCUAGAUCUUUUUUUUGAAGUGAAGUUAGCAAUUACUACCGA